CACCACCAUAACAUCUAAAAAAUCAAAAAUUUGCACCAUCACACCUUGAUGUUCAAACAACUUUCAAAUUGAAGAGUGAACUAGUUGAUUUCAAAAUUUAAAAAACAAGUGACUUUUAUCUAGUUGACUUUCAAAUUUUAGAGUCAACUAAUAAAGGCAACUGAGUUUUAGAGUCAACUCCAACAUAUACAUUACUUUAUAUUUAGGUAUCAUCAACAUGUAGUCAUGCGGUACAAUGUUGUAUUUCAAAAAAACAAUUAGUUCUUGAAGAUGAUAUUGUUUAUGCAUUGAAAUCUGUCAAAAAUGCGUGUGAAAUCCAAUGUAUGAGACAUGCUCAUAUUAAAGAUGCUGUUGCUCUAUGUUCAUUUUUACACUGGCUUGAACAAAAGAUUGGCAAAGAAAAAUUAACAGAAUGUUCUGUUGCAGACAAAUUGCAAUCAUUUCGCCGACCAAUACCAGGACUCGAUGCAACUUUAGAUAUUAAUGAGCUGUAUUUAGUUGAUUCUGGUGGACAAUAUAAAGAAGGAACAACAGAUGUAACACGAACAGUACACUUUUCUAUGCCAACCGCAUUUGAAAAAGAAUGUUUUACAAGAGUAUUGAAAGGUUUCAUAUCCAUAGCAACAUGUAUCUUUCCUCAAAAUACCACAGGUGCAAGAUUAGAUUCAUUUGCUAGACGAGCAUUAUGGGAUGUUGGAUUAGAUUAUAGACAUGGAACAGGGCAUGGAGUGGGAUGUUGUCUUAAUGUACAUGAAGGACCACAAUCAAUUGGAACAAGAAUACGUUCAGAAGAUUAUCUUGUGGAAGGAAACAUUAUGAGUGAUGAGCCCGGAUUUUAUAGUGAUAAUAAAUUUGGUAUUCGUAUUGAAAAUUGUAUUGUUGUAGUUAAACAGAAAUCUAAGUAUGCCUUUUAUGAUCAAGAUUGGCUAACAUUUGAUCAAUUAACAUUAGUACCAAUACAGGCAAAAAUGAUUGAUAAAACGUUGUUAAACGAAAAUGAGAUAUCGUACAUCAAUGAGUAUCAUCGAAAUGUAUUGAGAAUUGUUGGUGAAGAACUUCGAAAACAAUCAAAACAUGAUGUUUAUAAUUGGUUAGAAAUAAAUACGAAAAAUAUUUGA